AUGUCAGCUCUGAGGACUCUCGCUUUUCUAGCUUUAAUUGCAGGUGUUUCCAGCAGUAAGACUUCAGACUGCUCAUACGUUUCUCUUCUGACGCACUUGAACCUGACGGAAACAAACGAUGUUCUGGAGAUCAUGCGACCCGUGAAGAACUGGACCACGCCGACCCUCGUUCAGGUGGACAUGGUGUUGUUUGGCAUUUUAAAAGUGGAUGAGAAGUCUCAAACUGUCACGAGUCACAUCGGGCUCCAAAUGCGCUGGACAAAUGAAUUUCUAACUUGGAAUCCAUCAGAUUUUUGUGGGAUAAAUGUGCUGAGCAUUCCUCGAUCGAGACUGUGGAUCCCAGACGUAGAAAUCAUAGAGGAUUCCUCUGACACUGGGAGCAUCUCCAGGAGUCCAGUUGUCAGUUUGUCUCCCAACGGUUUGGUGAAGGCAAACGCACGUCAGCGGCUGACCUCCACCUGUCUGCUGAAUGUCUCCAUGUUCCCCUUUGACACCCAAAAUUGUGAGAUCACUUUUUCCUCCAUGAACUCAGACGCGUACACCAUACAACUAGGGACAGUCCACAGUGAAGCACUCCUUAAUAACAUCUCUGAGCUGUCCAUGGUUACAAAGGGAGAAUGGGAACUGGAAAACAUGGAUAUUAAGUAUGUUAAUGGAAUCAAAGUUGGAGGAAGUCAAAGCAAACUUUUAUACACGAUCAGAAUCUCCAGGAAGCCGAUGCUUUAUGUGAUCAAUUUAAUCGUGCCCCUGUUCUAUUUUCUGGUCCUGGAUUUGGGCUCCUUUUUCAUCAGUGAGGCCAGAGGAGAAAAGCUGAGCUUCAAAGUGACCAUCCUCCUGUCCAUCUCCGUCCUACUGCUGAUUCUUAAGGACAUUUUGCCCUCCACUGAAGACAACCUGCCAUUAAUCGCCACCUACUGUGUAACGAUCUUCGCCAUGGUGGGGCUGAGCGUGCUGGAGGCCAUGCUGGUGAGCUACCUGUACGACCUUGAUGGUUGCUGUUGUAAUACGGCUCAAAGCCCCGUUGAUGAAGUGGAUAUUCAGCUGGAAGUCGACUUUCACAAAGAGCCUCCUGCAGCUGAAGAGACGCCUGAGAAGAGUUCCCGUCCUCUGGAUCGGCCCAGUGACGGCGACCUGCUCAAACUAAUCCUGCAGGAAGUGAAGGCAGCUCAACAGGAAGUGAAAAGACAAGACAAAGACCAGAGGGAGCCUGGACGCUACAGGAGGCUGGCCAACAUCAUAGACCGCGUGUUCUUUACCGUCUACUUUUUAACUAUUACUAUUUUUAUGACAUGCAUGAAUACCUUUUGGCUGACCGAGCAAACCAACUAA